GUUGGAGAAUUUGCUGCUGACCAACAUCACUUGGCAAAACAAGAUGGCACGUGGCACGUAGCCUUUCGCAAGUGAAACGGGUGCUGCCAAAAGAACCCUCCUCAUCAUUCAUGGGUGGCAUUCUAGUCAGCCUCCACAUCAUCACCACUGUUGACUCAUCAGCCUACAUCACGAGCACACCCCCCAACAAAAUGGUGACUCCAUUGGGCAGGUUAGUCGGGUCUUGUACAAGGGUCAGCAAAGAACUACUCAACUUCUUACCACCUUGCAACAUGCUGUGCAAGAUCCAACGCAACCAGUCAACAUGGCUAGGACGUCCCAGCCACAAGAGAGCUCCACCUAACGAAACCAAUUCCACUCAAGGCUUCGUCACCAUGGCAGAUCUUACUGCUCUCUUAGACAGGGAGCAUUCUAGACAAAGUUCAGCCACUUUUCAGUUCAUCCAUGAUCCACCAUACCCGAAGGAUAUUCUGUCUAAGCCCUACCCAAAGAACUAUGAAAGGCCUACAUUCUCGCAAUAUGAUGGGAGAAAGGGCAACGGUGUAGAGCAUGUUAACAAGUUCCUCGAUGCCCUUGGGGCUCACGUUGGCGAUGCCUACAUGAGUUUUCUAAAUCUCUCUCCGAUAGAGCUUACACUUGCAUUGAUGCCUCUUCAUGGUUUGCUGGCAAUGCAUCUUCAAAGGUCUGCUAGCAGUAUUAUCUUUCUUGCCCAGUAUUGCUGCAUCUUCAAAGCUGCUGGUGAUGCAUCUUCAAGUUGCCAACCAUGCCGCUCCCAGCCAUGUCGAACUUGCCUUUGUCAAGCAAAGGGAGUUACUUUCAUAUGCCUUACAAUCGCGCAAAGAUUUAUGAAGGCAUUCUCAAUCAUUACUUUCUUAGCCUUGUUGCCUAUGUCGUCUCUAUCACUCAACUUGGCUAGAACUGAAAAGCAUGUGUUCCCAGACACGAUUUUUCCAAAGCUAAUGAUCUUCUUCACUAUGCGCAUGGCUGGUUCAUCAACAUUUAUCUCAUCUUCGCUAGGAAUGGAUUCUUUUAAAGUUGUAGCCAAGUAUGGCAUGCCUUUCUCUGGCAUAGCUUUUUAUGCCAACUUCGACAUCAGGUAUGCCAUCAUCUUCAUCUUCACUCUCAUGGUUGGAUUUAUGGUUACCUCUUGAUGCUUCAUCAUUCUUGGUGGAUUUCACGCCACUGUCUUCGUUGGAUUUUGGAUUAGGCCUCUGCAGCAGCUUUCUUGCCUUUAUCUUCGUUAGCAGCUACUUGAAUCCCAACCAUAUCACCCUCAACAUCUGGCAAAGCAAGCAAGAGCCAACUAUUCAGCAAAGAUCCUAUUUUUCUAGAGGAAAAGUUGAAGACUUCUUUGGCACCAAGACAACAUCAUCGGCUUUAACAAGAGGUGCUUCUUUGGGACCUAAAUGAAUGAAUCUUAAGUUU